CCGUUUUGGUUAGCAAUGUUUAACGCAAAUAACGACGGUCUCGGCUCUGACCUGAAAUAACACGAUCAAAAUAUCUCGUACCUUACGUAUCCAUUAAUUUCAGGAAUUUGUUAAAAAAUAAACAAUUUAUGGUGUAAAGGUGAUGUGAUCAUGUUAACGCCCGAGAAUAAAAGUGACAAAAAGUGCGGGUUCCCCGAUAAUCGAAGUUUCGUGAGACGACGCAAGACCAGCAUCUACGAAAUGGACCAUGGUACCGAUGGGGUGAUUUUCCAAAAUCAGAAAAGAAUCCUUAGCACGUUAACUAUCGGUAAGAGAAAAAUUUCGGAAGAAUUAUUGCCGCCUGGCAGUGCCGGAAUCUUCCGACAGAAACCUCAAAACUUUGAUUACCACCCAUUGACUAUUGGUGAAUACGUGCGGGUCUCAAUCGGUAAUAUAGGGAACAUCUUGUCUAGGAAGAUGGCGGCAACAAGUUCAGCACCGUCAGUUCCGUGGCCAAAUUCUAAAGACGAUUACGAACUUGGCAAAGUUAUCGGUGUCGGAGCGACCGCUGUUGUGCACGGAGCUCUUUGCAAACCUCGCAAUGAAAAAUGCGCGAUCAAAAGGAUCAACUUGGAAAAAUGGAACACCUCCAUGGACGAGCUUCUCAAGGAAAUUCAAGCUAUGUCCAGCUGCAACCAUGAAAAUGUUGUCACCUACUACACCAGUUUUGUGGUGCGCGAAGAACUUUGGCUUGUCCUUAAACUGCUUGAAGGCGGAAGUCUUUUGGAUAUCAUUAAACACAAGAUGAGAAUCUCUAAUUGUAAACAUGGCGUAUUUGAUGAGUCAACCAUAGCUACUGUAUUGAAGGAAGUGUUAAAGGGUUUGGAGUAUUUUCACAGUAAUGGUCAGAUUCAUAGGGAUAUUAAAGCUGGUAAUAUUCUCUUGGGUGAAGAUGGAACAGUUCAGAUUGCCGAUUUUGGAGUUUCGGCAUGGCUGGCGACAGGUAGAGACCUUUCUAGAGAAAAAGUGAGACACACAUUUGUCGGAACACCAUGCUGGAUGGCGCCUGAAGUCAUGGAACAGGAUCAUGGAUACGAUUUUAAAGCGGAUAUAUGGUCCUUUGGAAUAACGGCUAUUGAAAUGGCCACAGGUACAGCUCCAUAUCACAAAUAUCCACCCAUGAAGGUACUUAUGUUAACUCUGCAAAAUGACCCUCCAAAUCUUGACACCGGAGCAGAAGAGAAAGAUCAGUACAAGGCCUACGGAAAAACUUUUAGAAAAAUGAUUACCGACUGUUUGCAAAAAGAGGCCUCGAAACGUCCAACGGCCGCGGAACUCUUAAAGCAUCCAUUUUUCAAAAAGGCCAAAGACAAAAAGUACCUGCAGCAGACCUUGGUCGCCAUCGGACCCAGCCUGGAAACCCGGGUGCAAAAGGCUUCUAAAAGACAGCCAGGCACUUCUGGUCGCUUACAUCGAAAAGAGACCGGGGAGUGGGUGUGGUCGAGCGAGGACGAAGGUGAAGGUGACGAGUCAAGCGAAAGUGAUACAGAUACCAAACCCAUGAACACUUUGGUAUCGGCUGGUUCAUCAGGUUCGGACCAUGAAAGCAGUGAAGGAGAUCCUCCGCCAGUAAACUUGGUGCUAAGAAUGAGAAAUGCGAAGAGAGAAUUAAACGACAUCAGAUUCGAGUUUGCAGUAGGUAGGGACUCUGCAGAAGGUAUCGCUAGCGAAUUGGUAGGAGCGGGGCUCGUAGAUGGGCGCGAUAUCACGGCCAUCACGCAAAAUCUUCAGACUCUGAUCGAACAGAGGCACACGCUGAAAGUGAUCACCUUCCAAUUGAACUCUGGCGUGAGUACCAACGAAACCCCCGACGAAAGAGCUUUAAUAGGAUACGCCCAGAUUUCAAUUACGGACUGAAACAGACUGGCUUUUAACUUUAACUCUAGGCCCGAUUUUUCUCACGCUCCUGGAAUCUACUGAUCGUUGUAGUCAUUUAUUUACUAUAUCACACCCGUAAUUUUGAGAGGUUCGUUUAACUUCAAAUUGUUGCUAAAAUUAAAAGUUCCCUUGAGUAAGCAGAUGAUGAGACUGUGAGCACUCCUACCUCAUUUAGGUCACCUAAAAGUUGGUUGGACAAUAAUUCUUGUCGGUAGUGCUAAACAAAACUUAUGUUAAAUGUAUUCAGUUAUAAUUUUUAAAAGUAAAUUUAGCAUAGGUCAUGCGCCUUCACGGUUGGACAAUAAAAAAAUGUGUUACGAUCAAUAGAUUUCAAUUUCUUGUACUUAAGUUUCACAGGAUUCGCAAAACGUUACAUGAUGGAAAUAUAGCGCUUUCUUGGAACUACGGAGUAAACUAAUCCUCCGAUCCGUUUCAAAUAAAGCGCAUCGUUACGGUUCCCAUUCUGUAUGUAUAUAUUUGUCUGGGAGUAUUUUAGAGCCUAUUAAAAUUACCACCUACAAUGCCUUUUUUUAGAAUUUACACUACUAGUCGGACUACUUUUUUUCUUAAGACUUCUAAGUAUCGUAAGUAAUUGGCAAGUAUGUCAUUUGGCGAUUGGGAACGGUUAGUAAUCUGUAAAUACAUUAUUUAUUUAUUCCAAUAAAAUUU